CCAGGCGCCUCCUCCUCCUCCUCCGCCGGGCGCACAUACGGUGCAUGAUGAAAUGCCCGAGGGGUAAAAAAACACUACUUUUUGUCCAAAUUCUAGUUUAGAUGCAUACCUAGCCGGGAAGUGAUGAAUUUCAUUGCAUUGUAGAGUCGAUGAUGCGGCAUUCAUGGAGACAUUGAAUGUUGGAUCCUCAUUCAUGCAUCAUGAAGCCGCCGAUGGAGAGGAGGAAUAUGAGGAUGUAGAUGAGGAAGGAGAAGGGUUGAUUGAAACUCGCCCUCCCGGUCGGUCCGCCAACUACACCAUGGCGGAGGACAAGUUGCUUUGCAAGAUGUGGUUGACAAUUGGAAUGGAUCCAACAACCGGUACCGAUCAAAGAAGAGAAACAUAUUGGAUGAGGAUGACGGACUACUUCAACACACACACAAGUGGGAACGAGCGAACCAUGCGCUCACUUCGGUCCCGUUGGUCCGGCAUCAACACCGAUUGCCAAAAAUGGGCGGGCGUGCAAGCCAACAUCGAUGUUCUCAAUCCAAGUGGCACUAAUGAGAAUGAUAGGAACUCCAUGGCUCAAGGAUUGUUUAGGGAUGUGGGAAAGAAGAACAAGAAAGGCAACAAGAUUCUUGGCAAGCCAUUCACCUUGCAUCAUUGAUAUGAAGUGCUAGGGAAUGAAGAGAAGUGGAAGACGCGCGGCAAGUUGGACGCGGCAACUAUGGCGGCCCAUGCUACCGGUGAUGCAACAAUCAUCGAUGAUGAUGAUUCAAGUGAUGAAGGGAAGAAGAGAAGCUCCACUCCUCACUCCGUCAACAAUGGGCGGAGGAAUGUGCAUGGUAGGAAGACCGCCAAGGAAAUGAAGGGAAAGAAGGCCGGAGAUGAUGACAUUGCCAUGGCUAUGGAAAGCAUUGCAAAUGCAAGGUUGCAAGCAAAUGAAGAUAGAAAGAUGCAACGAAACUUGGAGAAAGAGUCUAUGGAUGCUAUUGAAGCUAGGAGAGCCGCUUUGGAGGAGAGGAUUGCCGCCAAUGAGGAGAAGAAGUUGGCUUUGGAGGAGAAGAGGCAAGCCUCCGAGGAGCAUGCACGCCUAGCGGAGGAGGAGAGGAAGCUUUUCUUGAUGGAUACUUCCCAUAUGGAUGAGAGGCAAAAGGAGUACAUCAACCUUCUUCGCGAUGAAGUGUUGGCCAAAAAGAGAUUGUUGGUAGCCAACAUGAACACUUCCACUACCGGCAUGUUUGGAGGAGGCAUGUUUGGAGGAGCCAUGCCGACGUUUGGAGGAGGCAUGGGAGGCAUGGCCGGCAUGGGAAGCAUGCCCAUGCCCACCAUGGGAGGCAUGGCCGGCAUGGGAAGCAUGCCCAUGGCCGGCAUGGGAGGCAUGGCCGGCAUGGGAGGCUAUGGAGGCAUGGCCGGCAUGGGAGGACCAAGCUAUGGAGGAGUCUUUGGAGGAACCAUGGGAGGCUCGGUGAGUGGUGUGUAUGGGAGUAUGGGAGCACCACCGGGAGGCUUCGUGUCUUCCAUGAAUGCUACUAUUCCUCCUUCAACCCAAGAUGACGAGGAAGAAGAAGAAGGUGUUGACUUGGAAAAUGCGGAAGUGUGAUAUGCAUUUGUGAUAUGUGUUCCACUUUGUCCAUUUGAACCAUAUGUCGUGUGUCAUUGUUGAACUACGUCAUUUUGUGUGUCGUUCUUGAACUAUGUGAUGUAUGUUGCACUUUGUGUCCACUUAAAUUAUGGUACG